CGGCCCCUCCGCUGCCGCCGCCCUCGCCCGCCGCCCGCCGCCCGCCGCCCGCCGCCCGCCGCCCACCGCCCACCGCCCGCUUGCGCGGCCUGUGUGCCAUGGGUCUCCUGUGCGCCGGCGCCUGGCUGCUGGUGCUGGCGCUGCCCGGCGGCCCGAUCCACGCCUUCCCCAAGCCUGGGGGCAGCGAAGACAGAUCUCUACAUAAUAGAGAAUUAAGUGCAGAAAGACCUUUGAAUGAACAGAUUGCUGAAGCAGAAGCAGACAAGAUUAAAAAUGUAUACCCUCCAGAAAACAAGCCAGGUGAAAGCAAUUAUUCUUUUGUUGAUAACUUGAACCUGCUAAAAGCAAUAACAGAAAAGGAAAAAACUGAGAAAGAAAAGCAAUCCAUAAGAAGCUCCCCAUUUGACAAUAAAUUGAAUGUGGAAGAUGCUGAUUCAACUAAGAAUCGAAAACUGAUCGAAGAUUAUGAUUCUACUAAGAGUGGAUUGGAUCAUAAAUUUCAAGGUGACCCGGAUGGCCUUCAUCAGUUGGACGGGACUCCUUUAACUGCUGACGACAUCGUCCAUAAAAUCGCUACCAGGAUUUAUGAGGAAAAUGACAGAGGAGUAUUCGACAAGAUCGUUUCUAAACUGUUGAAUCUCGGCCUGAUCACAGAAAGCCAGGCACACACGCUAGAAGAUGAAGUUGCAGAAGCUUUACAAAAGUUAAUUUCAAAGGAAGCCAACAGUUAUGAGGAGGAGCUCAAUAAAUCCAUAAGCAGGACUGAGAAUCAGGCUGGCAAAAUCUCGGAGAAAGUGACCCUAAAGGCAGCAACUCAGAAUAGUCUGACACAUGGGGAAAGUGAUGAAACGGUGUCCAAUGCGCUGACGUUGGUGAAUGGCCUGGAGAGGAGAACCCAGACCUUCGGAGAAGACGACUUCGAGGAGCUCCAGUACUUUCCGAAUUUCUAUGCGCUGCUGAAAAGCAUCGAUUCAGAAAAGGAGGCAAAGGAGAAGGAAACACUGAUCACCAUCAUGAAAACGCUGAUUGACUUUGUGAAGAUGAUGGUCAAGUAUGGCACCAUCUCUCCAGAGGAGGGGGUCGCCUACCUUGAAAACUUGGAUGAAACAAUUGCUCUUCAGACAAAGAACAAGCUAGAAAAAAUUGCUACUGACAAUAAAAGCAAGCUUUUCCCAGUGCCCUCGGAGAAGAGUCCUGAGGAGACCGACAGCACCAAGGAGGAGGCCGCCAAGAUGGAGCAGCAGCAUGGCACUCUGAAGGAUUCCACCAAGGACAGCAGCAGCAGGCCAGUGGGGAAGACAGACGCCCCAAAAGGCUUCUCGAGGAUCCCAGAGGAAGACAUCCCACAUGGAGCAUCCGUGAGCUGCUGCUUUAGAUUCACUCCUUCACUAACCAACCAGGAACACAGGGCCCCGAAGAUGAGGCGACCUGCUGGAGUCGCCCCAGCGGGAACAAGCAGAGCCAGGCCCUGGACCUGCACCCCUGACCUCCCAUCCAGUGCCAUCUCAGGCUCCCGCUGCAUCCCACAUGCGUGCACAAUGCCACACUCUGGGGCAGCUCCUGCGCCAAAGGGCCCUGUGGCCCGGGUGACAUCAAUCCCAGCCACCUUGCUUCACGCGGUUCCAAACUGUGAUCGUCUGGAAUACUUUUGACAUAAUUUUAAGUGUAUCAAACUUCAUUUUGUAACCACGCCCCCAGAAGAUCUGAUGUCUUCCAUGCGGGCUGUGGGUGCUGGGUUAACCUGAUUGAUUUCUGUGCUUCAUUUUUCAGGCAGGGUGGCACGGUCAGGACAAAGCCAUGCAUAGAGAGGGACAUUUGUUUUUUCUUGCAGUUUUUUUUUUUUUUGAAGAAAAAAUACUGUAUGUUGUUUUCUUAGAAGUAGCUGUUCAGGUUACAAGAUUUAGGCACAAAAAUAUGAAACAACAAAAGCACAAACUUCUUUUGGAUAAACUAAUGGGGAUUAGCAGUAUAGCUAUCUAUUUUGUAUAGACAUACAUAUGUAUGUAUACCUGUUCAUAUAUGUAUGUGUAUAUAUACACACCUAUAUGCAUAUAACCUCUUUCAGAAAGGGACAUUUCUGCUUUGGUGCCGAAGGCCAGCAGAGCUGGCAGAGUGGGGCUGCAUCUGGCCCAUGGCCCCUUUCCCUCUGCUUCAGCACAUGUUUCCAGGCUCGUGCUGUAUUACCUCAGCCAUGAGCUAUUUUUUUCCAAAGGAAGCUGAAAUAGAUUAGAAAAAAAAUAGCCCAGCUUUUCGGUGUGGCCUCUCCUAGGCUUUGCGUAUGCACUGUAUAAAUAAACCAUUUGCUUUGCAGCUCGGAGAAGGGGGAGUGUAAAUAGGAACCAGCUGCUUUCUCCAAGCACAGCAGAGCACCUGAUCUCAUCCCUGCUGGCAUCACAACUCCCGCUAAUCUGCAGUGUCCUGUGUGGGUGGCCGUGGGUGGCUUCCAAGCUUUGCCACACAGCAAAGUCCUCUCAGAAUUGCUAAAAAUAAGCAAAAAAGAACCAGAAGCCCAGUCUCCACCCCAGCCUUCCUGAUCUAACCUGAAUGUUGGGCCUCUGUCAUGCAGGUUUGCUGUGCAGCUCAGUUGGGGACCCCACUUUGCUGGCCAGGUUGGUGACCAACAGCCACUAAACUCCCUGGAUUCUAAAGGGGGGUUGGAAGGCUGCACCCAUUGGAUGCCGCAUGGUUUCUGGUAUCCUUCUGGCACCUUGCCUGAGUCUCCAUGAGCAGAACUGUGGCGAUCAGAGGACACGCACCCUGGCGCUUUCAGGUGUCUCUGACGAAUGAGGUGUGAUGGAGAAAUAUGGUGAAUGGCACUUGAACCUGAGGCCUUGGGGAGGAGCCAGUGUUCCCACAAUGCCAGAGCUGCUGAAUAAGGCAGUGGGGACACGGUGUCACUCUUCUUUCUGACUGGCCCUCCUGAAGAUGCUCAUAAAAGGAGAGUUAUUCGGUAAAUAUCUGUCUAGGCUCCCUGUGAGCAGCUUCGUUUUAGGCCUGAGGGUGCCCUGGCUAUUCUGGGGAGGAAGGCAGCAAACAAACAGCAAACAGCAAAUCCAGAUGAAUGGCGAUGCCAGUCUCCGAGUGGGCUGUGCUGCGUCCCAGGUCAGCCAGGGACAGUACCCUUCCCUGUCUGCUGUCUUUAAGAACAGACCAGGGGGCCGGAACUGUCUCCACUGAGGCAAUCCACGCCCCUGGGGUGGAAGACUGGGGUCACUCUUGUUGUCCAGUUGAUCUUUUAUCGAGGAAGCUUCUAUCGGCUCUGGAGGACACAGACCUGGCAGUGAGGCCAGGGCAGUAAGAGCCCUGGAAGAAAAACGCGCAGAAGUUGGGCAAGUGUGGCAGUGGGACCUGAGCACCAGUGACCCGCAGGGCAGCGUCUUCACUCCCAGGCUGGACUCAGAGGGAUCCAAAGGUGAGCCUGGCUCUGCCAGCGCCAUCCUCGCUCUGCGCCUCCAUUUUGCCUUCUGUAAGGUGGGGGUGGUGAUGGCACUGCCGGGGGGUUGCUGUGAAGAAUAAACGAGAGAAUGCACUUCGAGCUAAAGGCACUGUCCCUGUGCAGCAUGAGCAGGUGGCACAGGAGGCUGGAGGGGGAAAGGCGCCCCCAUGAGGCCUGGAGACUGCAGGGCCCAAGGAACCCUAGAGUGGGGAGCUUGAGGGGCCAGGUCUCAGAGGGCCUUUUCAGUGCUCCUGUUGGAACAGAGAGAGACUACCUGGUCUAUUUUUACUUUUAGUUUUAUUUUUAUCUUGGUUUUUUGAGUCAGGGUCUCACUACGUAGCUCAGGCUGGCCAUAAACUCACAGCCAUCUUCUCCUGCCUCAGCCUCCGGAAUGCUGGGAUUCCAAGCAUGCUCAGUCAUACCUGGCUUCCCCGUUUGUUUUUCACUUCUGUAAGUCAGAGUUUUGCUGGGCAGCCUGGGUUGGCCUUGGAUUCCACACCUAAGUCUCUUGACCCAUGAACUUUGCACAGCUGGUUGAGAGGACAGCAGACAUCUCAGCAGAGGACGAGACAAGCACUGAGCCCGUCUGCAGACUGCGAUUCUUUCUGGGUGUCAGAGGCUUAGAUGGGCCCCGACUCCAGCCCCGGCUUCUCUUUCUACACUGCAGACUCCUCGCCUAGAAGCCAGUGAGAUCCAGUCACGGCUACCGCCACAUGGAGGUGUCCCGAGCCUCAGAGAGCAGGUUCUGCCUGGCAGCCGGAUCAGAACCAACUCAGAGCACACCCUCUGGGCCUGGUGCCGCCUCCUCCAAGGAUGUCACACUCCCCACCAGGACCAGGCAGAGACCUGGGGAGACACCAAGCUGUGCAUCAGCACUGGGCAGAGAUGUGGCAUAUUGGACCCCACUCCAUCCUUGAUUUGAGGCUGCUCCUUGGUUUGGAAGAACUGUCCCCUAAUCCAAAGUGACCCAGUGCCACAAAGCCAAGCAAACCAAAACCCACACCACAUUCAAUGGUGUGUGGGCAGGAUGCUCCCUGGCACCAGCCUUGCUCACGCUGGCACCCACAGCACGCACGUGUAUGCACACACACUCCCCAGCCACACUCCAUGCCAUGACGUCCAUGCAGCCCACGCUUGCAGUUCUGAGUCAGUGGGGCUCAGAAAUGAUGCUGGGGUACCUUGAGAGCACGCGUUUGAUGUGAUUCUCUUCUUUUCCAGGGAAGACGGAAGCCUACUUGGAAGCCAUUAGGAAAAAUAUUGAAUGGCUGAAGAAACAUGACAAAAA